AUGGUUCCUCCUCCUGACGUGGCUCAGAAGCUCCAGAGUACAUCCCCCUCCAUCCUGCCUAUAUCCGUCUACAUCCCCCCUUCACCCCGCCUACACCGCCUGCACCCCACCAACAUCGCCUACACCCUGCCUACACCCCCCUACACCCCGCCUACACCCCCCUACACCCCGCCUACACCGCCUGCACCCCACCAACAUCGCCUACACCGUGCCUACACCCCCCUACACCCCGCCUACACCCCCCUACACCCCGCCUACACCGCCUGCACCCCACCAACAUCGCCUACACCCUGCCUACACCCCCCUACACCCCGCCUACACCCCCCUACACCCCGCCUACACCGCCUGCACCCCGCCUACACCGCCUGCACCCCACCAACAUCGCCUACACCCUGCCUACACCCCCCUACACCCCGCCUACACCCCCCUACACCCCGCCUACACCGCCUGCACCCCACCAACAUCGCCUACACCCCGCCUACACCCCCCUACACCCCGCCUACACCGCCUGCACCCCACCAACAUCGCCUACACCAUGCCUACACCCCCCUACACCCCGCCUACACCCCCCUACACCCCGCCUACACCGCCUGCACCCCACCAACAUCGCCUACACCGUGCCUACACCCCCCUACACCCCGCCUACACCCCCCUACACCCUGCCUACACCGCCUGCACCCCACCAACAUCGCCUACACCAUGCCUACACCCCCCUACACCCCGCCUACACCCCCCUACACCCCGCCUACACCGCCUGCACCCCACCAACAUCGCCUACACCGUGCCUACACCCCCCUACACCCCGCCUACACCCCCCUACACCCUGCCUACACCGCCUGCACCCCACCAACAUCGCCUACACCCUGCCUACACCCCCCUACACCCCGCCUACACCCCCCUACACCCCGCCUACACCGCCUGCACCCCACCAACAUCGCCUACACCCUGCCUACACCCCCCUACACCCUGCCUACACCGCCUGCACCCCGCCUACACCGCCUGCACCCCACCAACAUCGCCUACACCCUGCCUACACCCCCCUACACCCCGCCUACACCCCCCUACACCCCGCCUACACCGCCUGCACCCCACCAACAUCGCCUACACCCCGCCUACACCCCCCUACACCCCGCCUACACCGCCUGCACCCCACCAACAUCGCCUACACCCCGCCUACACCCCCCUACACCCCGCCUACACCGCCUGCACCCCACCAACAUCGCCUACACCGUGCCUACACCCCCCUACACCCCGCCUACACCCCCCUACACCCCGCCUACACCGCCUGCACCCCACCAACAUCGCCUACACCGUGCCUACACCCCCCUACACCCCGCCUACACCCCCCUACACCCCGCCUACCUCAUUCCCCUCCCCUCCCCUGUGGGGUGGCCCUGCAUCAUCUCCCAGCAUCCCGAGAAGGCUGAAUGCGGAACAGUAGAAUGUUCUGGGAUCCAGAGAGACCACAGUCACCUACUUUGGGACAGGAAGUGGUUCGAGCUGUUCUAUGUGCUUGUCGGGUACUGCUGCUAG